UUUUUCCAAGAAUUAAAAAUGACCUAUCAAAUGUAUCGUUCAACAACUAUUGGUGUUGCAUUGCAAACCUCCCUAGAUGAUUUAAUUACUGAAGGGUUAAUUUCUCAACAAUUAGCUGGCACUGUUAUGACAACCUUUGAUAAAUGCAUUAAUAAAGCGUUGUCUGAAAGAGCAAGAAAUAAAGUUAAUUUUAAGGCAGAAAAACUACGAGCAUAUCGUUUCUGUGACAAUGUAUGGACUUUUAUGAUGGAAAAUGUCGAAUUUCGUGAUGCUCAGAGGCCUAUUGAAGGAAGUAUUGAUAGAGUCAAAUUUGUGGCGUGUAAGUUAUUGGAAAAUCUUUGGAUAUCCGGAAUCGAACCUAAAAAUCCUCGGUUCUUUAGCACGGUUCUGAACUAA